CUAACCCAUCCUUGUCGUAGGUUGCAGAGCUUCGAGGAAGCACGAAAGCAAAGUGAAAUUGAAGCACCAAGUUCUAGUCAUUUUUCAGCAUGAAAGCCUUCAACCUUUCGGUGGUGCUCUUCUUGGGACUUCUCGGUGUCUCGCUGGCACAACGUGAGACGUCCUUGCGGGUCAUCGACGCCUUACGCGAGCUCCAUCCCGCCUACAGGGAGCUCCGGAACUUGGUGGUGAAUGCUGUGGCCUCCGCGAAGCUAAACAGCUCCGAGGUGGUGUUCAAGUUUAACGUGGACAUCGCUGCACGCAAGGAGUCGUACAUGCAGAGUGCCAUUCGAGCAGAAACUGGCGUGCUGCGACAGGUGAACGGGCAGAGCAUCAGCAUCGACACAAGCUGCCUUAGUUUCUUGCGCCAGAGCGUCGAUGUUAACAUGAACCUGGCCGGUGUGUCGUUCUCUAACUGUCUCAGCAACGUGGACUCCACGUUGGCGGCCGAAAUCACACGCGUGUACGCCGAGCUGCAGGUGAACGAGACAUCCUUCGUCAACCUGAGCGUUUACGACGUGUUCCGGGCGCAGAACGUGUUCGUUAACCCACAAACGAUCGUUGAUCGGUUGGUGGAAAAGCUGUCAUCCGUGCAGCAGGCUCCGGUGGAGCUGGCACAGCAACUUGCUCAGUUGGUUGAUGCGUUCGAAGGUCGUCUCGGUGAUGUCCGGGCAGCCUACACCAGCUGCCUUACCAUGAACGAUCAACUGUUGCAGACCACACUUGGAUCUGUGCUGCAGCAGUUGCAGCAGAUCUGUCUGGGAUCGUUGUUGCCAGCUUCGACGGAGGAACCUACGGCGGUACCAACGGAGGAACCUACGGAGGCAGCCACAGAGGAGCCUACGGAAGCAGCCACGGAGGAGCCUACGGAAGUACCCACGGUGGAUCCGGCAACUUCAGAUCCUGAGGUGGUGGAAACCGAGCCAUCCGAGACAGUGCCAUCCGAAGAACAACCUACACCUGGCAUAGCUUACGCGAUUGUUCCGUAAAGAGGAAUGUUAAACGACUUUUAGCAAUGAAAUAUGAAUAAAUUAAAACUUAAAU